AUGUUCUUUCGAAAGCAGCGGCGCUCAAAGCCUGACCUGCAUCCCAGCAACUCCACAAGCAGUCGCGACUCGACCAAGGGCUUGAGGAGCCUGUUUCCUUUGUCAAAGUCGCAGUCCAAGACGUCAACAACCUUGGACGAGCAAUUAAAGGUCGACAAGGGACCGAUUGGACUAAAUCUCCUGUAUUGCCCAACAGAGCCCGAGAUCGACCUCAUCUUUGUUCAUGGAUUGGGCGGCAAUUCAAGAAAGACAUGGAGCAAGUCGUUCGCAGACCAGUCUCACUUCUGGCCCGAGGAUUGGCUCUCCCAGGACCCAGCAUUCAGAAAUGUACGUAUUCAUAGCUAUGGGUAUGACUGGUACUAUUUGAAAGGUAAGGAGGACUGCUUGAAUGUUCAUCACAUUGGCAAGUCAUUGCUGGGUGCGAUCAGCAUUGCGCCAUGUAUUGCUAAUUCCAAGACCUACAUCAUCAUUAUCGGGCACAGCAUGGGCGGACUGGUAAUGAAGAAAGCAUACAUCUUGGCGAAGCAAGAUGCAGAACACAAAGCGCUGGCUGGACGUUUUGCCGCUUUCUAUUUCCUCGCUACGCCACAUCGUGGUGCCAACUCAGCAAAGAUGCUCAAGAACCUGCUCAAGAUCGCGUAUGACCGUGCCUAUGUUGGCGACCUGGAGCCGAACUCUGAAGCAGUUCAAGUGAUCAAUGAUGAAUUUCGUCACUUCUCGGCUGACCUUGAGCUCUGGUCGUUUUAUGAAACAGAGAACAUGAAAUACUUCAGCUCACUUAUUGUCGAUCCUGAAUCAGCCGUCCUUGGAUACCGUGGAGAGAAGCAAAUACCAAUGACUGCUGACCAUCGUUCAAUAUGCAAGUUCGACACACCUCAGGAUUCGAAUUACUUACUCCUAAGAGACUCACUUGCCUCGACAGUGAGCAAAAUCACUACGGCAAUUCCGGAGAAGAGGCACGAGACGAUCAAGAGCCUCAGGAAUUACCUACAAGUCUCCGAUAUGUUGGACGAUGAUCUGGAAAACGUUUGCGAAUCCCGGAUGCACGGAUCGUGCGAGUGGAUUUCGAACAAAGACAAUUACAUCAAAUGGAGGGACGGCGAAGAAGGAGAUGGCAGAACGUUGUGGAUCAAAGGCAGGCCUGCAACUGGGAAAUCCGUCCUGGCUGGCUACGUUGUCGAUCAGCUCAGGGAGUCUGGUCAGGCUUGUAGCUACUUCUUCUUCAAACACGGAGACAGGUCCAAGGCUUAUCUGGGCCGUUGCCUCCGACGUCUGGCCUUUCAGAUGGCGGCCUUGAACGCUGAAGCCAGUGAUACCAUUCUCAAGAUGCAGGCGGAUGGUAUUUCUUUCGAUGGCGUCGACGAACGUACACUCUGGAGGAUCCUGUUUCUUUCUGGUAUCUUUAGGGUUCCCAUGGCUCGGCAAUACUGGGUCAUCGAUGCCUUGGAUGAGUGCUCAAACCCUCUGGUGCUUUUGAAGGCCAUUCUCCCUACCAUGGAUGAGUCCAUACCACUGCGAAUUCUAGUCACAAGUCGAGAUACGGUCGAGUUAGAUCAAGGUUUCGCGGCCAUCCCACCAAACAUGGUCCAGAUUCUGCCAGUAUCGAUAAUGGAUACACAAUCAGAUCUCAGACUCUUGAUCGAAAGUCGGAGCCAGGCCUUAGCAAUAGCGAGACCUCAGGAUCGAAGCGCACUGGCUGAGACGAUUUUAGAUAAAUCGAGAGGGUCUUUCUUGUGGACUAUUUUGGUCAUCGAAGAACUCCAACGCUGCCACAGUAGAAAGGAAAUCCACCAGAUUCUUGAAGACGUGCCAAGGGGCAUGAAGUCACUAUACAAGCGGACUCUCGAUUACAUGUCACAAGUCAGUCGAGGAAAGGAGCUGGCCAAAACCAUUCUAGUUUGGGCAGCAUGUGCGGUUCGGCCAAUGACUAUUGGUGAGCUAGAUGGUGCUUUGACCUUGGAUAUCCACGACUCGUUCCCGAACUUGGAGGAGAGCAUCGCAACGCUCUGCGGUCAGUUGGUGAUUGUUGAUAAGCAGGGGCGAGUUAAUAUGGUGCAUGAAACAGCCAGAGAAUUCCUCGUAUCUGGUGGAUUGGAGUCUGAGUUCUCCAUUGACGUAACUCAAGCCCACACUCGAAUGGCUGAGGUGUGUCUGAGUUACCUCGUCGGGGAUGAAAUGAAGCCUCCAAGGAACAGGCGUCGCCGAUCUUCGGCGAACUUACCAACAAGACAGUAUUUCGCCAUCUAUGCAUACACAGCAUACUCAUAUCAUCUGUCAAAAGCUGAUUCGUUGGCGGCAGGGACAUUCCAGCUUGUCACACAGUUCCUGAAAUCCAAUGUACUCACUUGGAUCGAAACGAUUGCCGAGUGCCAAAAUCUCACACAACUCAUUCGUGCCUCUAAACAUCUCAAGGUCUACAUGAAUCGGUGUAUCGUUGAACGCUCACCGCUGGACCCUCAGAUGCGGGCACUACGGCAAUGGAGCAUGGAUUUUGCUCGGAUUCCCGCCAUGUUUGCAAACGCCCUCACGGUAUCACCCUCAGCAAUAUACUCAUUAAUACCUCCAUUCUGUCCUACUGAGUCCAUGAUAUACAAAGUCGGGGGUUCAAACCAGAGGCUCGCAGUCCUUGGUGCGUCCAAUGAGCAAUGGGAUGAUAGAAUAUUAUGCAUCGAUUUCCGUAAGGGUCAACUAAGGGCUUUACGCUAUGGAGACGGGUUUCUAGCCAUCGCACUUAUCUCAGGGACAGUCAUACUGUAUUAUGCUGCAUCCUAUCAGGAGUACAAGGCCGUUGAGCAUGGCUAA